CAAAAAAAAAAAAGAGAGAGAGAGAGAGAUAUAAUUAAAAGGGUCAGAAUGAGGUCCUGUUACCAGUAAAAUAUGUUACAGGUAGGAAAGGUGUCCCAUCACUGGACUCAGGCUGGCCAUCCUGUGGGUUCCAAUGUUACAGAACCAUGCGACCAUCUUAGCAAAAAUUCACCUAGAAUCUACUUGGUUCUAGGCAUCUAAGGGACAGCCGAGAAUGGAGCACUGGAACUCCACCCCGGGAAGUGGCUUCAUCUUGGUGGGGAUUCUGAAUGACAGUGGGUCUCCUGGGCUGCUCUGCGCCGCAAUCGCAGUCCUGUACAUGCUGGCCCUGACCAGCAAUGGCCUGCUGCUCCUGGUCAUCACAGUGGAUGCCCGGCUCCACGCGCCCAUGUACCUGCUGCUCGGGCAGCUGUCCCUCAUGGACCUCCUGUUCACGUCUGUCGUCACUCCCAAGGCCCUCGUGGAUUUUCUGCUGGGGGAGAGCACCAUCUCCUUUGGGGGCUGUGCCCUUCAGAUGUUCCUGGCACUGGCGCUGGGUGGCGCCGAGGACCUCCUCCUGGCCUUCAUGGCCUAUGACAGGUAUGUGGCCAUCUGCCAUCCUCUGAGCUACAUGGUCCUCAUGAGACCGGGGGUCUGCUGGCUCCUGGUGGCCACAUCCUGGGUCCUGGCAUCCCUGAGUGCUCUAGGGCACACCCUGUAUACCAUGCACUAUCCCUUCUGUAGGUCCCGAAAAAUCAGCCACCUGCUCUGUGAGAUCCCACCUCUGCUGAAGUUGGCCUGUGCCGAUACCUCCGGAUAUGAGCUCAUGGUGUAUGUGAUGGGUGUGACUUUCCUGAUCCCCCCUCUGGUUGCUAUCCUUGCCUCCUACACACUGAUCCUGCUUACUGUGCUCCACAUGCCCUCGAGCGAGGGGAGGCGGAAAGCCCUGGUCACGUGCUCUUCCCACCUGACUGUGGUGGGGAUGUUCUAUGGAGCCGCCACGGUCAUGUACGUCCUGCCCAGCUCCCUGCACAGCCCCGGGCAGGACCGCAUCACCUCUGUCUUCUACACCGUGGUCACCCCAGCCCUGAACCCCCUCAUCUACAGCCUGAGGAACAAGGAGGUGCUGGGGGCCUGGAGGAGGGUCCUGGGAAGACCUGUGCUGUGGACAUCUCCUGACACAGUUACUAAGUUGAUGUGGUAGGGGACUAAGUUUCAGGUUCACUAUCACGUGGCAGCGGUAAUAAUAGAGCUUGUAAGAGGCUGAGCAAACUCCAAAGUCUCCUGACAUCAGAGGAGGAUGAACUUGAUUCUUAGACAGUUAUAGAGACAGUCAUCCUCAGAAGAUGUAUUCAGCUUCUUGUUUAUUAAGUAGCUGAUUGUUCAAGCAAUUAGUUGGAAUUGAUUUGUGACUGCAUUUGUUCUCUAAGCUGCAAUUUGCAUUGAUUACACAAAUAAAGACAAAUACCACUGUGAAUAUAGGGGAAAAAUUUAAAUGGGGCAUUUUCUUACUGCCUGAAGUGAAAAUUAAAAUAGAGAAGUGAAUAACACUGAAUGUGGAAUUUCCCAGAUUUCAAGUGAGGAUGAGAGAAAGGAUAACAGUGAGCCAUGUGUCAUGCAUAUUGCUUGAAUUUUUUAAAAAUGUGGUUUACCUGUAUGCAGGCCUGUUUGGAAACCCCAAAUAAUUGAGACUUGAGUAUAUGUACAUGUCUGUGUCCACAAGGAAUUCACUUUCUGCGCAGCUAAAUAUGCCCUAUUUUUAUCAUUUGACUUGCCAGUGUGGGAAAAUUUAUAACGAAAGCUAGGAACUUAAAUCUAUUCCGUUAAGAAUCUCCCAAAUAUAUAGUUGGAAUUAUUUUUUGAGGGUAGUGCUUUGUAAAAAAGCAGCAAUAUUUUUAUCUUUACAGUUGUGCCUCAGUUUGCUUCUCCAAUAAGUGAUGAUAAAAUGGGACUCAUGAUGAUCUCAUGAUGUUUCGGGGAGAAUCGAGUGAGAUGAUUAGGUACUUAGGCCAGAGCCUGGAAAGUAGUGCUUAAACUAUGCUAGCCAUUACGUGAACAACCAGUAAACAGGCCUCAAAAAUGUUCAAUUUAAAUGACAGCUUGAUAUCCUCAUGUGAGCCCUCUGUAAUGUAGUUAGGGAUUUGCUUAUAUUUAAUUUUGUUUCCCCAGUUUUCCUGCAUGAGGGUAUAAUUUUAUGUUAGGUCACAUUUAUAGAAGUGGAAUUACUGGCUAUGAUAAAGAAAUUACUUCAAAUUCUUGUUACAGGAGUUCCCAUCGUGGCUCAGUGGUCAACGAA